ACCGGCGUCGGCCUAUAAAAGGGCGGGUGUUGACGUCAGCGUUCUCUUCCGCCGUCGUCGCCGCCAUCGUCGGCGCGACUCGCCUUUGCUCGGAUCUACCUGGGAGGAGAAUCCAUCGCCAUCCGCCACCAUGGUGAACUUCACGGUAGACCAGAUCCGGGCCAUCAUGGACAAGAAGGCCAACAUUCGGAACAUGUCCGUCAUUGCCCACGUGGACCACGGCAAGUCCACGCUGACCGACUCCUUGGUGUGCAAGGCUGGCAUCAUCGCGUCGGCCCGCGCCGGUGAGACCCGCUUCACCGACACCCGCAAGGACGAACAGGAGCGCUGCAUCACCAUCAAGUCCACGGCCAUCUCGCUCUUCUACGAGCUGUCCGAGAAUGAUCUGAACUUCAUCAAGCAGAGCAAAGACGGCUCCGGCUUCCUCAUCAACCUCAUCGACUCCCCAGGCCACGUAGACUUUUCGUCCGAGGUCACGGCCGCGCUGCGAGUCACAGACGGUGCCCUGGUGGUGGUGGACUGCGUGUCAGGUGUGUGUGUGCAGACGGAGACGGUGCUGCGUCAGGCCAUUGCUGAGCGCAUCAAGCCGGUGCUGAUGAUGAACAAGAUGGACCGUGCGCUGCUGGAGCUGCAGCUAGAGCCUGAGGAGCUGUACCAGACGUUCCAGCGCAUUGUGGAGAACGUGAACGUCAUCAUCUCCACCUACGGCGAAGGCGAGAGCGGCCCCAUGGGCAACAUCAUGAUUGACCCAGUCCUCGGCACCGUGGGCUUUGGCUCAGGUCUCCAUGGCUGGGCCUUCACCCUCAAGCAGUUUGCCGAGAUGUAUGUGGCCAAAUUUGCCGCCAAGGGCGAGGGCCAGCUGGGGCCUGCGGAGCGGGCCAAGAAAGUGGAGGACAUGAUGAAGAAGCUGUGGGGUGACCGGUACUUUGAUCCUGCCAAUGGCAAAUUCAGCAAAUCGGCCACCAGCCCUGAUGGCAAGAAACUGCCCCGGACCUUCUGCCAGCUCAUCCUGGACCCCAUCUUUAAGGUAUUCGAUGCCAUCAUGAACUUCAAGAAGGAGGAGACAGCCAAGUUGAUCGAGAAACUGGAUAUUAAGCUGGACAGCGAAGACAAGGACAAGGAGGGCAAGCCUCUGCUCAAGGCUGUGAUGCGCCGCUGGCUGCCCGCUGGGGACGCGCUGCUGCAGAUGAUCACUAUCCACCUGCCCUCACCUGUCACCGCCCAGAAGUACCGCUGCGAGCUGCUAUACGAGGGGCCCCCCGACGACGAGGCUGCCAUGGGCAUCAAGAGCUGUGACCCCAAGGGGCCCCUGAUGAUGUACAUCUCCAAGAUGGUGCCCACCUCCGACAAGGGCCGCUUCUACGCCUUCGGCCGCGUCUUCUCAGGGCUGGUGUCCACCGGCCUCAAGGUCCGCAUCAUGGGGCCCAACUACACCCCUGGGAAGAAAGAGGACCUGUACCUUAAACCCAUCCAGAGGACGAUCCUGAUGAUGGGCCGCUACGUGGAGCCCAUUGAAGACGUGCCGUGCGGGAACAUCGUGGGGCUGGUGGGUGUGGACCAGUUCCUGGUGAAGACGGGCACCAUCACCACCUUCGAGCAUGCGCACAACAUGCGUGUCAUGAAGUUCAGCGUCAGCCCCGUAGUGCGUGUGGCUGUGGAGGCCAAGAACCCCGCUGACCUGCCCAAGCUGGUGGAGGGCCUGAAGCGGUUGGCCAAGUCGGACCCUAUGGUGCAGUGCAUCAUUGAGGAGUCUGGGGAACACAUCAUCGCGGGCGCCGGUGAGCUGCACCUGGAGAUCUGCCUGAAGGACCUGGAGGAGGACCAUGCCUGCAUCCCCAUCAAGAAAUCGGACCCCGUGGUGUCUUACCGGGAGACGGUGAGCGAGGAGUCGAACGUGCUGUGCCUGUCCAAGUCCCCCAACAAGCACAACCGGCUGUACAUGAAGGCGCGACCCUUCCCCGACGGCCUGGCCGAGGACAUCGACAAGGGUGAGGUAUCUGCGCGUCAGGAACUCAAGCAGCGGGCGCGCUACCUGGCCGAGAAGUACGAGUGGGACGUGGCCGAGGCCCGCAAGAUCUGGUGCUUCGGGCCCGACGGCACUGGCCCCAACAUCCUCACUGACAUCACCAAGGGUGUGCAGUACCUCAACGAGAUCAAGGACAGCGUAGUGGCCGGCUUCCAGUGGGCCACCAAGGAGGGAGCACUUUGCGAGGAGAACAUGAGGGGUGUGCGCUUCGACGUGCACGAUGUGACUCUCCAUGCUGAUGCCAUCCACCGUGGGGGUGGCCAGAUCAUCCCCACAGCCCGGCGCUGCCUGUAUGCCAGUGUGCUCACUGCGCAGCCCCGCCUCAUGGAGCCCAUUUACCUGGUGGAGAUCCAGUGUCCAGAACAGGUGGUCGGAGGCAUCUACGGGGUACUCAAUAGGAAGCGAGGCCACGUCUUUGAGGAGGCCCAGGUGGCUGGCACCCCCAUGUUCGUGGUGAAGGCAUACCUGCCUGUCAACGAGUCUUUUGGCUUCACAGCUGACUUGCGCUCCAACACGGGUGGCCAGGCCUUCCCCCAGUGUGUCUUCGACCACUGGCAGAUCCUGCCCGGCGACCCCUUCGACAACAGCAGCCGCCCCAGCCAGGUGGUGGCCGAGACACGCAAGCGCAAAGGCCUCAAGGAGGGGAUCCCUGCCCUGGACAACUUCCUGGACAAGCUGUGAGCCGCCAGCUCCGCACCCUGCCACCCUGGCCCGACUGCCACAGCGCGGCUGCUCCCCAACCCUCGCGCCGGCUCUCGAUAUUUAUUUCAGGAUUUCGGACGCACAAACGCCCUCGCAGCUGGGACUGACUGGCCUGGGGGGGUGGGCGGGACACCCCACUCCUGUUUUUUUCUCAUUUCAGAGGGAAACAAAUGUCCAAAACUAGAAUAAACGCAUUAAGCGGU